UAAGAAGGGCUUGGUAAGGGACAUGUGAGGCUUUGUACUAUUCCUUAUCUUUCUCGAUACUGCUUGCUGCUUUCUUUCUGUUGCUUCUACCGAGCUACGCGACUUCCACUCUAGCACUAUCACCAAAGAUCGCUGCAAGUCAGAAGAAGGAACGACGGGACUCACUCCUACUUUCUCUAUUAUCCCCCAGACAAUCAAUCAAGAGUCAACACAACAGCCAACAACCAUGUCUCCGCCCGACUCCCAAACAAAGACGACACUCUUCACCCCUCUCUCCCUUGGCUCGAACCUCACCCUCUCCCAUCGCAUCAUAAUGGCACCUCUAACACGUUUCCGCUGUACAUCCUCCCACGUCCCCCUCACCUCCAUGGUCUCCGAAUACUACGCCCAACGCUGCUCCACGCCCGGAGGCCUCAUCAUCGCCGAAUCCAACAUAAUUUCCCCCGAACACGGCGGUGUAAAACACAUGCCAGGACUUUGGAACGAAGAACAAAUCUCCGCCUGGAAACCAAUCGUCGACGAAGUCCACGCCAAAGGCUGUUACAUUUUCGCGCAAUUGAUAGCGUUGGGAAGAGUCGCGGAUCCUGAAGUUUUGCGAAACGAAGGAGGUUGGGAUGUGAAGAGCUCUAGUCAGGUGCCUUUUCCGGAUGCAGUCGAAGGAGGUGUUGUGCCGAAGGAGAUGUUGAAAGAAGAAAUUCAGACCGCCUUGCAGAAAUUCGCGCAAGCGGCGAAGAAUGCUGUGUUUGAAGCUGGAUUUGAUGGGAUUGAAUUACAUGGUGCGAAUGGAUAUUUGAUUGAUCAAUUUACGCAAGAUGUGACGAAUCGGAGGACGGAUGAGUAUGGAGGAAGUGUGGAGAAUCGUUCGAGAUUUGGGGUUGAAGUCGCGAGGGCUUGUGCAGAAGCUGUUGGGGAAGAAAGAGUUGGGUUUAGGAUUUCGCCGUUUAGUACGUUUCAAGGGAUGAAGAUGGAUGAUCCGGUGGAGCAGUUUGGGGAUCUUGUGAGGAGGUUGAAGGAUUUGGGGUUGGCGUAUCUGCAUGUUGUUGAGAGUCGGGUGGUGAAUAAUGUGGAUUGUGAGAAGCAGGAGGGUAUUGAGCCGUUUUUGGAGAUUUGGGGGAAGACCAGUCCGGUAUUGGUUGCUGGGGGUCUCACACCGGAGCUGGCGAAGAAGGCGGUUGAAACCGAGUACACAAAGCAGGGCUGUGAGGUUGCAGUGGUGUUUGGGAGGCAUUUUAUUUCGAAUCCGGAUUUGGUGUACAGGAUCAAGGAGGGGCUGGAGUUGAACAAGUACGAUCGAAGUACAUUCUACACACCAGAGAUCAGAGAAGGGUAUCUGGACUAUCCGUUUAGUCAGGAGUACUCACAGCAGUGCAAUGGAAGUGGAGAAACAAGUGUUUCGGGGAGUCCAUAGACAGGAGGAAUUAUGUUGCCAAAUUAUGCUUUUGGUGUGACAUUUCUGUGUCGUGAUUUAGUAUGUACAGUCUGCUGUUCAUCAAGGUACCCUCCGAAUCCAACGCCGGCC